GGUGCGUCCCGGAGACCGGCUGGAAGCCGGAAAAAAAAAACAACAACAUUAUCAGCAGCAACAGCAGCGGCGGCGGCGGAUGCUGUGCCGCCGCCGUCUCCGCGGGAGCAUGGAGUGCGCCCUGGACGCACAGAGCCUGAUCAGCAUCUCCCUGCGCAAGAUCCACAGCUCGCGGACCCAGCGCGGCGGCAUCAAGCUGCACAAGAACCUCCUGGUGUCCUACGUGCUCCGCAACGCGCGCCAGCUCUACCUGAGCGAGCGCUACGCCGAGCUCUACCGGCGCCAGCAGCAGCACCAGCAACAGCAACCGCCCCACCACCAGCCCCAGCCCCUCGCGUACGCGGCGCCCGGCAUGCCGGCCAGCGCGGCCGACUUCGGCCCGCUCCAACUUGGCGGUGGCGGGGACGCGGAGGCGCGCGAUCCGGUCGCCCGACACCAGCUGCACCAGCUCCACCAGCUCCACCAGCUUCACCUCCAGCAGCAGCUGCACCAGCACCAGGACCCGGCGCCCCGGAGCUGCGCGGGGGAACCUUGA